CACCAAGAGUGCUGCACAGCCAGAAAGAGGAAGUCUCCCUGCUGAGUGUGCAAGAGGAAGCACCAGAAGGUGAGCAGCGAUGACUGCUUUCACCCAUGAGCCAAUUACAGAAGCAACCGGAAGAGCAAUGCACCAACCAGAUGGGGUCCCCUCCGCCUAGAAGGCGUCACCUCCCCGGCAAGCUGGAAGUGUUUGGGGACGCCAGGCAUUGGUGUCUUGAUGCUCCUCUCCCUCAGUGGCCAUCAUGUCGCUGACCUCCCUGUAUGAGCACAAACUAGCAGAGAAGCUCACCAUUCUGAAUGAUCGAGGCCAGGGAGUCCUGAUCCGAAUGUACAACAUCAAGAAGACUUGUUCCGACCCCAAAACUAAGCCACAUUUCUUGCUGGAGAAGUCCAUGGAAUCAUCGCUCAAGUUCAUCAGCAAGAAAUUCCCCAACAUAGAUGUCCGCAACGGCACGCAACAUUUAGGACCAAUACAUCGUGAAAAAACCGAGAUCAUUCGAUUCCUCACCAACUACUACCAGUCAUUUGUGGAUGUCAUGGAAUUUCGGGAUCAUGUGUAUGAACUUCUCAAUACCAUUGAUGCGUGCCAGUGCCAUUUCGACAUUAAUCUCAACUUUGACUUCACCCGGAGUUACCUGGACUUGAUCGUGACUUACACCUCAGUUAUUUUACUCCUGUCCCGGAUUGAGGAUCGACGGGUACUCAUUGGCAUGUACAACUGUGCCCAUGAGAUGCUGCACGGGCAUGGAGACCCCAGUUUUGCUCGACUGGGUCAGAUGGUCUUGGAGUAUGACCACCCUCUGAAGAAGCUGACAGAAGAGUUUGGGCCUCACACAAAGGCUGUGAGUGGAGCCCUCCUCUCUUUGCACUACCUCUUUCUCCGAAGGAACCAGGGGGCCGAGCAGUGGCGCAGUGCCCAGCUUCUGAGCAUCAUUAGCAGUCCCCCGGCCAUGAUUAGCCCCGCUAAUUCAGACACAAUGGCCUGUGAGUAUCUGUCCGUGGAGGUGAUGGAGCGCUGGAUUAUAAUCGGGUUUCUACUCUGCCAUGGGUGCCUCAACUCCAACAGCGAGUGCCAGAAGCUGUGGAAACUGUGUCUACAGGGCUCCUUAUACAUCACCCUCAUCCGGGAUGACGUGCUGCAGGUGCACAAGGUCACCGAGGACCUGUUUAGCAGUUUGAAAGGGUACAGCAAGCGAGUGGCGGACAUAAAGGAGAGCAAGGAGCAUGUGAUUGCAAACAGUGGCCAGUUUCACAGUCAACGGCGGCAAUUCCUGCGGGUGGCGGUCAAGGAGUUGGAGAUUGUGUUGAGUGAUGAACCAGGACUCCUGGGUCCCAAGGCGCUUUUCGCUUUCAUGGCCCUGUCCUUCAUUCGCGAUGAAGUCACCUGGUUGGUCCGCCACACAGAAAAUGUCACCAAGACGAAGACUCCAGAGGACUAUGCUGACUCGAGCAUCGCUGCGCUGCUCUUCCUGUUGGAGGAGAUUAGGGCUCUGGUUCGAAAGCACAUCAAGGUGAUCCAGCAGUACCACCUGCAGUACUUGGUCAGAUUCGACGCCCUGGUGCUCAGUGACGUCAUUCAGAACCUCUCUGUGUGUCCUGAGGAGGAGUCUGUCAUCAUGUCUUCAUUCGUCAGUACUCUCAAUUCUCUCAAUCCCAAACAAGUUGAGAGCGGAGAGAAAUUUGAAUUCGCUGGAUUGAGGCUGGACUGGUUCCGCCUGCAGGCAUAUACAAGUGUGGCAAAGGCCCCUCUGCACCUGCAUGAGAACCCUGACUUAGCCAAGGUGAUGAACCUCAUCGUCUUUCACUCCCAAAUGUUGGACUCAGUGGAGAAGAUGCUGGUGGAAACAUCUGACCUGUCCAUUUUCUGCUUUCACCUGCGGACCUUUGAGAAGAUGUUUGCUGUGACCCUGGAGGAGCCCAGCAUGCUGCGUUAUGCCAUUGCCUUCCCCCUGAUUUGUGCCCAUUUUGUCCACUGUACUCACGAGAUGUGCCCAGAGGAGUACCCCCACCUAAAGAACCACGGCCUGCACCACUGCAACUCUUUCCUGGAGGAGUUGGCCAAGCAGACCAGCAACUGCGUCUUGGAGAUCUGUGCGGAGCAGCGCAACCUGAGUGAGCAGCUUCUACCCAAGCACUGUGCCACCACCAUUAGCAAGGCCAAGAACAAGAAAACCAUGAAGCAGAGGCAGACUCCCAGGAAAGGAGAGCCCGAGAGAGAUAAGCCGGGAGCCGAGAGUCACCGCAAGAACCGCGUCGUCGUCACCAACAUGGACAAGCUGCACCUGCACUUGACAGAACUGGCAUUGACAAUGAACCAUGUUCACAGCUUCUCUGUCUUUGAGCAUACCAUCUUCCCUUCCGAGUAUCUCAGCAGCCAGCUGGAGACCAGGCUUAACAGAGCCAUUGUGUGGCUGUCUGGCUACAACGCCACCACGCAGGAGAUCGCAAGGCCCUCUGAGUUACUGGCGGGGGUGAAGGCCUACAUUGGCUUCAUCCAGUCACUGACCCAGUUCCUGGGUGCAGAUGCUUCCAGAGUCAUCCGCAACGCCCUCCUGCAGCAGACACAGCCGCUGGACUCGGCUGGGGAGCAGACCAUCACCACCCUCUACACUAACUGGUACCUGGAAAGUUUGCUCAGACAGGCGAGCAGCGGGGCCAUUCUCCUGUCCCCGGCCAUGCAGGCCUUCCUCAGCCUCCCCAGGGAGGGGGAGCAGAACUUCAAUGCCGAGGAGUUCUCAGACAUCUCUGAGAUGCGGGCCUUGGCCGAGCUCCUGGGCCCCUAUGGCAUGAAAUUCCUGAGUGAAAACCUGAUGUGGCAUGUGACUUCUCAGAUUGUGGAGCUGAAGAAACUGGUGGUGGAGAACAUGGACGUGCUUGUUCAGAUCAGAUCCAACUUCAGUAAGCCUGGACUGAUGGCUUCCCUGCUGCCUCAGCUGACGGGGGCCGAGAAUGUGCUAAAACGUAUGACCAUCAUCGGAGUCAUCCUCAGCUUCAGGGCCAUGGCCCAAGAAGGACUUCGGGAGGUUUUCUCCUCCCACUGCCCGUUUCUCAUGGGCCCCAUCGAGUGCUUAAAAGAAUUUGUGACUCCGGACACAGACAUCCAGGUGACUCUGAGUGUCUUUGAGCUGGCCUCUGCUGCGGGUGUGGGCUGUGACAUUGACCCAGCCUUGGUGGCUGCCAUUGCUAACCUGAAAACUGAUGGCUCAUCCCCCGAGGAGGAGUACAAGGUGGCCUGCCUGCUCUUGAUCUUUCUCGCUGUUUCCCUCCCACUCCUCGCCACCGACCCCUCUUCCUUCUACAGCAUUGAGAAGGAUGGUUACAACAACAACAUUCAUUGCUUGACCAAAGCCAUCAUACAGGUGUCUGCUGCUCUCUUCACGCUCUACAACAAGAACAUUGAAACACACCUCAAAGAGUUUCUGGUGGUGGCUUCUGUCAGCCUCUUGCAGCUGGGCCAGGAGACAGACAAGCUCAAGACCAGAAAUCGGGAGUCCGUUUCCCUGCUCAUGCGCUUGGUGGUGGAGGAGUCGUCCUUCUUGACCCUGGACAUGUUGGAGGCCUGUUUCCCCUACGUCCUGCUCCGCAAUGCCUAUCGGGAGGUCUCCCGAGCCUUCCACCUGAACCGGGUGCCUGCCAGCACCCACUGAAGGCCCUCCUGGACCUACACAAGCCAUCCUCAUCAUUGUCCUGGAGGCUGGGGGCGUCUGGUCAUGGGGGCGGGAACAGGGUGUAGGGGAGGGAGGAGGGUGGCAAGGGAGAGGGUCUGGAGCCAGAACUGAAGAGGAGGUGAAUGGAGGCACACCCUGGGGGGAGGGGGCAGAGGCUGCCUCUCAGGGAAGGCGGGGGAUGCAGGCCAUAGGUAUGAAUUUGGACGGUGAGGCAGGAACGAGUGACACGCACUUGGGUUUUCUGGGGCCUCGGAGCUCUACAUGGGUCUCUCCGACCUUCAUCACUAUUCUAGGCUCACGCUGGCAGGCAGAGGUGAUCAAUCAUCAUAUUAAACCAUAAUGAGCUUAUAAUCCUCCCACUGGAGCUGCUAUUGUCUCCUGCACAUUCAUUAGGACGAUUAGUUCCUCUCUUCCUUUUCCACAUGUGCUCGGCAAACAUGCAGCCUGCUCCUCCGGCAUGUGCAGCCAGUGCCCAGGAACCCCUCUUUUCCUUUGUUGUGGGGAAUGCUCUCUGACGGGUCAUUGGGCCUCUUCCUUUGGCCCAGUGUGACUCCCUUUCCUCCUGGCUGAGGAGGAAGCACCCCCUUGCACCUGCCCACGCUUCGCACCCUGCUGCUUUCUCC